AUGGCCUUCAAUGACCAUGCGAUUACAGCCUCUAAUGACGGAGCAGUCUAUUACGUGGCAGAUAUGGGAGCAUUUCCAGAUCAAGACACAGAUGAUGGAUCCGUGUCUUCAUGUAGUACUCAAUCCACUGCCGAUGCCCGUUCUGUCUUCGACGAUGAUGUUGAUGGCGAAAGUAUUGACGAAAUCUUCGGAGCUGAGAGGGCAAGGGAGGUACUAAAGGAUACGUUGGCCAAUGUUCAUUUUGAUGGGAUCUCUGAUGAGCAGAUUCAGACUGUUCUGGAAGUGCUAAGGAAGUACCCAAAAUUCGCUGAGACUCCCCUAUCCCAUUGUUUUCAAGAGUAUCUAGACGCAGACGAUUUGAUGUACCCUUUUGUCCACUUGCUCGUGGGAGGGGCAGGUAAACCAGUUUUGGAAGAAGUCUACAAGAUGUUUCCUCGAGUCUUGUUGAUUGGUGUGUGCUUUCAGGAGUAUCGACACGUGUACCCUGUCACCCUGGGUGCCUGCUUGCAAUACAUUCAACCUGAGACUGUGCGAUUCAUGGCCGAAAUGGAGCCAGAGGCACUGAAGACCCGAAGCCCAUCUUUCUUGUACCAUGGUUCUCUUCCGAUCCAUACGGCAAUCCGUGCCAAUGCUUCCAAGUCAGCAAUCCAGAUCCUCCUUGAGGUGGACCCAGAUUGUGUCACCAAGAAAGAUCGGAUGACUGGGCCCCGUGAUUGCCUGUCUUUAGUCUGUUCCAGAAGGAAAGCCAAGGAUGAUGUGGUUGCUUUGGUGGCCGAAACAUUAGGUAGACAAAAGGACAGCUACACCAUCAAGCAACCAUUAGCAGAGCGUUUAUAUCGCUGCAAGGCACUGCCGAGUUUUAUGGCUCAGUUGAGUAAAAUAAUCUUCGCGUGCUCCGACUGGUCUCAUCCUAUUAAUGACACUGUCUUCGCUGCAAUGGGCGAGAAUCAGUCAACCCGAAGACUGAAGCUCGUGUCGGAGGCAGGUGAUGGUGAGUCACAUUCUCCCUCCCGGCAAACAAGUAUCAUGAUUGAAUCAUUCUUGAAGCAAAACAAAGGGCUGGACCACCUAGAAUUCGUUGGACAGAGGGAUCAACCGAUGGAACUUAUCCUAAGAGGCAUUUUGGAAGGCCUUGCCCACAAUCAAACUGUCGAGUUUCUUAACAUUGACAACGUUUGGCUUCCAAAUUCAAGUUGCCUGGGCCUUCUCUUGUCAUCCUGUCCAGGGUUGGCAUUUGUAUCUUUGAAACGAUUGCAUAUAGCCGAUGGAACGUGGCUUCAAUCGCCACCCCAUCCAAAUAUGACUCCUGUGCUGAACGAGCUUUCUUUGACCAAUCUUUCCGUGCCCGGCAAAUGCCUGGAGGAGAUGUUGUUCUAUCUUGCCAAGUACAUGGUCAAAUUGGAGUUCUUGCAACUUUCUGGAAUCAGCUUCGUCGAUGACUUGCCGAGUGUCGACUUUACAGAGGCAGCGCUUGCCUUUGUAUCCAAAGACGUGGUUCAAUGGCUUUCGCUUGGCAACUUGGACCUGGACGUUGAAAGAGUUUGUGUGGCACUCAUGAAGAACACUAGCAUUGUCGACCUGACCAUGGAUGCCAUCACAAAGAAACACGAGAAGUGUUUCGUUCACUUGCUGUACGAAACGAACACGUCUUUGCAGUCUAUUGGAACAAAUCAGGGAGGUAUUGGCUCGCUUCCAUUCUCCUGCAACAGCAAGGAAUUGCUGCACUUCUACAUGCGCUUGAAUGACCAUGGAAGGGGAGAAGCUCGUAGCGAUGAUGUUACCUUGCCGGCAUUUGUGGAUCUGCUUUGUCGCCCCAUCCUAGAAGAAGAAUGCGACUGCGCAUGCAUCGAUGAUUGGCAUGAAGACCCCCUGAAUUUACUCAACAUACACUACUGCUUGCUGCAGCAGAAACCGAAUGUUUGGAGCCUGCCAUCCAACGAUUGA